UGUAACUUGGACUGUUGCGUAGUUCUGGCUGCCUUGGUUUGAACUGCUCGUGGGCUCCCAAUGAAGACGAAGUGGCACCCUUUCCCGUUUCCGUAGGCUGGCCAUGGAAUGGAGAGGCUUGCGCGUUACUGUAUAAAGUAUUUUCAUACUUUAUGAUGAAUCGAAGGCCCUUGGCGGUUGAGAAGAAAGCGAGUGGUCUCUUCGCAGCGCCUUUUGCUCUGGGGUUCAUGACGAAGUACCGUUCAUUCGCUCGAGUCCGAAUAUUAACUUCAGCUCAUCGUGUUAGUUGCACACCGCCCUUUACAUAAACAUUCUAUCUCGUUCAUAUUCUAUCUCGCAAACUAAGCUCCUCGCCGCAUCGAAACGCCCACAAAUGUCGCCCGCGCCUGAAACUGUCGUCGCCGAGCCUGUUGCCGCCGCUGCUGGCGUGGUUGAUGCUGCUGCUCCUCCUUCAAUUUUUGACCGGCUGGGCGGCGAGGCCGCUGUGGAGAAGGCCGUAGACGUGUUCUAUGAGCGCAUCGUUGCAGAUCCGCAGCUGGCCCCUUUCUUCGAGGGCGUGGACAUGCGCACUCAGCGCCGCAAGCAGCAAGCGUUCAUGACCUAUGCUUUCGGUGGCGCCACGGGAUACACGGGCCGCGACCUGGCCGCGGCUCAUCGCCGGUUGAUCCGCGACAAGGGCCUGAAGGAGGAGCACUUUGACAUGGUGGCGGGCCACCUGGCGGGCACGCUGCAGCUGCUGGGCAUUGGGGCCGACCUGGUGGAUGAGGUGAUUGCGCUGGUGGCCACAACCAAGCCCGUCAUCUUUGAGCGGGUGUAAAAGUUGGAUCGACAGUUUGUGCAGGCCUGUGGGUGCUGACUCGUGAGGGCUGGACAUAUGGGAGGUGUGGGUUGGUGGAUGGGGUAUGGGGGGAAUUGGCACUGCGGCGGUGGGAGAGGGGGAGCGGUCUCGUGUGGCGUGGCGCAUGCCAUCCCAUGCGCAGCCGAUUUCGCAGCACACUUGUGGUGCAGGCCUCAUUAGUGUUGUGUGGCCGGUGUACUGCAUUUACGCAAUCAUCCCGGGGAAUGGCCGCUUUGGGCCGGGGGGCGCAUGGAGUGUGUGUGAAAUUACAAACAUACAUCUCGUACAUAGGUACUGUUCGACUUGAGCGUUAUCAAGUAUCUACCAAUGACGGGUGCGCGGUGUGGUCGCAUCCUAAUUUCUAAAACUGUCUGGGUCGAGCACGAGUUGUGAGCUCCCCCGCGGAAGAGCCGGAGAGAUCAAGGCGGGCAUAAGGCUCACUAGGAUGAUGAGGAUCUUCGAAAUGCGGAGAGAUGCAAAGAUCCUGUUCGUCGAAGUUUCGAGCGCGUGGCUUGUGGCCGCUGUGUAUGAGGUGACUGCUGUUGAUGCGGGUGGUCGCCACGGUGAUCUCUGUGAAUUGGGGCGACUGCCUGGAGCUGGGGGUUGUACUUUUGAGUGGCGUAUGCAACAAGCGGGUUGGGCCUCUGUGUGCGGCGAUGUGCAGACCCCUGCCUGUGUGGAUAGGCAUGGGCAAUUGUCACACUUGCAGAGAUGCAGGCCGUGCGGCUGGACGGAAAGGUUCAGGCUAGCCACACGCAACACGCCUGAGUGGGGUCACAAGUGAGCGCAGUUCAGGCUUGGCAGUUGACACUUCCAUGAACGUCUUCCAUGCCAUACUAGGCAUGGUGUAGACUCGGCGGUUGUACAAGCGCCAUGCAUGCCAGACUGCAAUAGUGUAACUCUUAAGUUAAGAUCCAAACAGAUGA